AUGGAAAGAACAAGAUAUGCAUAUGAAAAGUAUCGUGAAGUUAGAAGUCAAAUUACAUCUGGUCGAACCUUUACAGUAAACUUUGACGAAGGAAAGAACAAAGAAGGCUUCAUGGGUGUACUUGCUGCCAUACAAGACGGAAAUAAGAAAGGAUACAAUCUCAGAUUGACCAUAACAGAUUUGGAUGGUCACAUUUACUAUGCAAAUGGCAAUGAACAAACAGCUGCAAAACUUCUUGACGCUUUCAAGACUACAAAGAGAGAACAAAUGGUUGACUCCGACUCAGACAUUUUGAAUGCAAUUGAAGGAAUUGCAAGUGUCAAGUUCGAAUGGUACCAACCUAACCCUCAAGCAGUCAGACAACAUGCUGGAUACUUCCCGUUCAUAAAUAAGUCUGACAUUGACUUGACAAGGUAUGGAAUUUACAAUUCAAUUGAAACAAUUGUCAAUGAACCUUGCAUUCUUACAUGUCUCAGGAACUCUGGUCUUGUUACAGAUGAGAAGAUGAAGUAUCUUGAGUCAUGUGUGAAGACAAGGUACAUUCUCAGAGGUCAAUUGGCAAAAAUUGCACCGUUGGCAAAUGUCAAUAUCCGAGUCAACAUACCUACAGCUAAAGGUUCUUCACAUGACGACUAUGUUGUUGAGUUCAAUUUACCAUGGUUGAAGAUUGUAAUUGUCCACAACCACUUCAUGUUGAACGAAAGUCUUACAAACCCAUUGUUCGGAAAAGGCAAGUGCAACAUUGUCAGAGCUGUAAACAUUCUUUUCGAGAAAGGUUUGUUGGAACCAAUUCCAGAUGACAAGCUGACAGAAACUUUUGUACCAAAAGACGAAACAAACUUUUCACUGUUAGCAAGACCAAAAGUUGUUCCAGACAAAGUUCUAGUACAAAAGAAGUACACAAUUCCACAAGGAGUUGGAUUGUUCGGAUACCAACCUGAACCAGAAGAACUUCCAAUGAGGUUGCAAGAACUUCAAGAUGCUAUAAACAAACUUCCAUUGAGACAUCCAAUUGACGUCAAAUUGUAUUGGAGAGCAUCUGAGUUAGGUCAGAAGGUUUUAUAUGAAACAGGUUGCUUCGACGAUGUUUAUGAGAUAACAGGAGAAGUUUCUCAGAAGAUAAGAGACUCACUUGAAUUUCCACAAACUGGACCAAUUGGUUGCGACAAGUUCGACUCAGAUGAAAAGAUAUACUAUGUCGACCUUAACGCUGCAUACAUGAGGUUUGUCCAAUAUAUUCCGACUGGAAUUCCAAACGAAGAUGGUGAGUUCCCGGGAAGGAACUAUACAGUUGGAAAAGUCAUACAACAACUGUAUGAUAUUAGGAAAGCUUCAAACCCCAAACUUGCAAUGACACUCAAAUUGCUUAUGAAUUCGACAUGGGGAUAUUCCAUUAAGAAACCUCAAGAGAUGAAGAGUAAACAUUAUGAGAAG